AUCCGCGUUGUUGACGUUUCGUAAAAGUUCGGUGUUUUCUUCAGGGGUAAAAACAAAAUUUUACUGAAAGGAAAUCGAAAGGUUAAAAGACUGAAAAUUGCAAUUAGUUAUUGAUAUUCAAGGCUCAGUAACGUGAUUGAAGUGUGAGAAAAUAGACGCAAACUCGUUCGGAUUCAUCGACUUUGACGCUGCCAGGAAGAGAAAAAGUGCAACAAAGUUGGAGAAAAGUGAAAAUUCGUGGACGCUUUUCCAGAAUGGCUGGCCAUAAAAUGACCGAUGAGCGGCUCCGCACGGCCGACGUCGAGUUCGAUCUGUCGCUGCAGUUUUCGAAGAUGUUCCUCUCGGAACCGGUGCUGCGAGGGUUGACGCGAAACAACUUCACCCACCCUUCUCCCAUCCAGGCACGUGCGAUUCCCCUCGCGAAGCUCGGACUAGAUCUACUGGUGCAAGCAAAAUCCGGAACCGGUAAGACGCUGGUGUUUACCGUGUUGAUAGCAGAGAGCCACAAUCCCGAUGUGAUGUUUCCACAGUCGCUCACGGUUGUACCAACGCGGGAGAUAGCGGUGCAGAUCGAAGAUGUGCUGAACCGGAUUGGGUAUUCAGUUCCGAAUUUCAGAGCGAAGAGUUUCAUCGGCGGAUUGGAAAUCAGUCAGGAUCGAAAGAAUUUGCAGAAUUGUUCAGCCAUUGUAGGUACUCCCGGAAGGAUCAACCAUUUGAUCAAGAGCAAUGUGCUGAAUACGAGUCAGAUCAAAGUGCUGGUGUUGGAUGAAGCCGAUUCCUUGAUCACGGGAACGCUUAAAGCGGACGUUGAUCAGAUUAUCAAAAUGCUGCCAACCAAGAGGCAAACCGUGGUAUGUAGCGCCACUUACUACAACAAUAGAGACCGCGAAUUGUUGAAAUAUUUGAACGACAAGUUCAUUGGCGUUACUCCGAAGAAGGAAGUUCCAGUGCUGCACGGAAUACGUCAGUUCGUUCAGGAGUUGCCGGAGAGAAAGGACAACAUUAAAGAGAUGAUGGAGAAGAUUGCUGAGCUGAACCGAAUAUUGAAGAAAAUUCCCUAUGGCCAGUGUUUGGUGUUUGCCAACACCCAAACCAAAGCAGAGACUUACUGCAGCUACUUGGGUCGUGCCGGAUGGCCUGCUGAGGUCAUUAGGGGUGGGCAAGAGCAGCGUGUUCGCCUGAAGACCGUUGAAAAUUUGAAGGAAUUUCGUUGCCGAGUGCUGACAGCAACAGACGUCAUUUCACGCGGAAUCGACGCUGAGAAUGUGAACCUGGUGAUCAACGUAGAUGUGCCAAAGGAUAAUUCGAUCUAUCUGCAUCGAAUUGGUAGGGCAGGGCGAUUCGGCACUCAAGCAAUCGCGAUCACUCUUGUGUCGUCCAGCAAAGAAAUGGAUCGUUUUCGGAAAAUACUCCAAGAUAUUGGAGGGAAUGAAAUGUUUGUCUACCGGCUCCCCUCUGAACGGUUGGAAGAAAUCUGGAACUUCGAUGACUAUGGCGAAAAAUAUCCAAAACUUUACGCUUCAAAGUUAGAGCAGGAAAUUCGCGAUCAGGGUGCGGAACGAGCUUUUCUGGAAACUAUUGAAGAAGUUGAUUCCAAAACGGAGCUGAAUUCCAAAUCUAAUGAAACCAUUCUGAACGAUAGCUUGGAAGAGCAAAUUCCAAAAUCUAGCUCCGCUAUAGAGGUCGAUUCAAUCGAAGAGUUGUCCAAAAAUCACGAAAAAGCGGUGAUUACCGAUGAUGAACAAGAUGAAAUAGUGGAAAGGGUUAUUCCUUUGUGCAGCGCAGAAAACGACAAGGAGAAGGCGACACAUCCGACUGUGAGCGAAAAAAACGUUGAAGAUUUGUUCCUUGCUGCAAUUGAUAAGAUAGAUGCUGAUGAAGAACCGAACUGCAAUCAAAUUGACCAGGCUUCUCAAAAUAAACUUCAAUUCGGCGAUGAUGAAAUAUAUAAAGUUUUCGAUGCAGCAGAAAAUGGUGGAUCCACUUCGAAUGCAGAUGAUAUGAUUUUAGCCGCUAUGAGGAAAUUAGAACUGGAAGAUUCACUUACCCUGUCCAAUGAUUCGCAAAUUUCAGAACAGAGUAUUCAAUCAGAAGUAGAUCAAAAGUUCCUUGCCGCUAUGAAGCAAGUGGAACUCGACAAGGAUGCUGAAAAUGGCAACGUACCUGAACCUGAGCCAGAUACCACAGAAUCUCACAAUACUAACGGAAAAAAUUCUAUUGAUGCAAUGUUCUUGGAGGCUAUGCAAAAAUUAGACGUUGAUGACUCAACGGAUAAUCAGCCCCUGUCCAACGGAGAGAAUGUCGACGAACUCUUUCUCGCUGCCAUGGAGAAAGUCGAUCGCGAGCCACAAUCCUCUGAAACAUCUGAUAAACAUUCGUCUUCUGAAACUUCGGAACUCAGUUGUUCCACCCCGGAAUCUUGCUACACCAGCGAUAGUUCCUUCAGCUCCAACGCAACCAAAAAGGUGGAAGUCGGUUCCAACUUCACGACUCCAAACUCCCGGGUGCAGGAAAUUCGAGGUGCCCUACCGGAUCACCAAGUCAGCUCAUCGAGCUCCAACAAUUCUUCGGAGAUCGAUCAUAAUUCUGACCCCGGAAUCCCAACGCAACAGAAUUGCCUCCAUUUGGAGGUGAACAACGAUGCCCUAUUUGCCAAAAUAAUGGAACAGAAAGAACUGGAAGCCGGCCAACAGCAGCGGCCGUUCCAAUUUUCCAUCGAUGGUUGCAGCUUGGAGGUACAUGAUGACCCAGUCAGCGAUCGGGACAUUAACUCCCGCAAAGGAUCCGUUCCAGAUGUGGUGCCCAGCGGAAUCACAUUGGAUCCAUCGCGACUUCAGCAUCAACCCUCCGUCGAAGAGGAAGAAGAGGAGGCGGCCACAUUCGAUCUUAAUUCCAACACAUGUGGUUCCAAUCACGGUUCCGUGUUCGAACCGGAAGAAGCUGUCAUUCCGCAGGACAACCGCCCGAAACGAAUUCGGUUCCAGCAGCCGGACGACAACUCUCUAGAACUUCACUCAAAUUCCGUGGGAGUGAUUCCGGGCGGAGCAAGUCAGCAGGGUGACCAAGCGGAAGUCGAUCACCGGGCGCUACCCCAAAUUCCGGACACAGUAUCUGCCACGGAGGAGGCAGACGAUGCUAGCUCCUAUUCUUCCCAGUACGACAGUGAAUCAUCGAACUCGUCCUUCUUCGACCAGCGGGUCUGGGAAUCGGAGACGCAAAAUGUUCCCGGCGAGGUACAACAGGAAGAGCAGCAGCAACAAGAGCAACAACAAAGCGGAGAAGCAACUAAGAAACGAAGAGUUUCCAAACGAUCGAAGAAUGCCACUAAUCGGUACCAUCGAUCGCAUGCCAACUGGACCACGCAGUACUGGAACCAGAUGACCAUGAUUCGGGAUUAUGUGCGGUUUGCGGCCUAUGCCCGACACAACGCUUUCGGUAAUUGAACUUUUCGCAAUUGCGUUGACUACUAUUUUACGAACAGGAACACGUAGCUGAGUAGUUUUGAAAUCUUUGAAAUGUGAUGUUAUUACUUACUUCUUAUCAUCUAUUUACUUUUGAGUUGCUUAUCGAUUUUUUUUUGUUGGCCAGAAUGGCUUUUGUGAAUUAGAGAGAACAGAGACAGGUACAUUUAAAUACAAGUUAAUAUUGAAACAUA